AUUUUCACAUCAACCAUGAAAGAAAAAUAUAAACGAAUAAAAAAUACAAAAAUGAAAUAUACACCAGAACUUCUCUGCCAGGGAUGCCCGACCCAGUAUCAAGAAUUUCUUCGCUACUCUAAAGGGUUAACAUUUUCCCAGAAACCAGAUUAUGUGUACUGUCAGGAUUUGUUCCAUCGGUGUUAUGAAAAAAAUGGAUAUACAUACAAGGACUUUUCUUUUGACUGGUCUAAACUAACCCUCCCAUCAAAUCUUUAUAAAGUGAAUCAAACCAACAAACUGGACCAGAUAAAUGAAGGUACAAUCAGUUCUCCUGAUACAUCAUCAGAAGAAUCCUUGGAUACUACAAACCAUCAUUCAGUUCAUACUGGAUAUAAUAGUGCUGUAAAAACAGAAGAUGUAGGUCGUUCUCAUUACGAAGGGAAAAGUGUUUCAUCAAAUACCCAAGAGAACAGAAAUACAGAGAAAUCUUCCGAGGCUUCGACAAAAACCAGUAAAAUGAGAAAUUCGAAAAGCCUAAUCCUAUCUCCCAGAAAACUUCAAGCUGCAAUGAAAAAAUCUGACAGCAAUUAUGAGAUGCCAAGUAGCAGUACUUACAGCCAGGGAUACUACAGUAAUAGCAGUGCUUCAGGCACUACACAAGGGGCUACUAGUUCAGGGCCAACUCAGGCGCCAGUGCACCCUUCAGGGGCAGUCAGGAGGGUUGAACGCAGCCCAGCUGAUCGACUACUGAGAGAUAUAAGAGAUGUAAAUUUUGAUGCCAUAGAACGGUUGGCAAGUCAGGAUGAGAUUAGCGUACAACCACAGAACCAAACCAAGAAGAAUAUAAGGGAAAAAAGACUUUCCUUGCUCUGCUUUAAAUGGCGACAAAGGUACAAGAAUGUUAUUUAUGACAACGACAACGAGUAUGUUCCCACACACCCACCAACUACCACAACACCACCACCAACUACCACAACAAUAAAAACGACUGUAAUAACAUCUUCUACAUCAAGCCAACCAUAAAAAUGGCAAUGUAAAUUUAUAUAAAAUAUAUAACUUGUAAAGAAAAAGAUAUCAGAACUAAUUAAUGUUCAAAGCAUAUUUUGUAUACAGCAAUUAUUUCAGCACAAAACAUAACGAGUACAUUGUACAAGUCACCCACACCCUUUUGUACAAUGUAAAUGAUAAAAUAGUAGCUG